AUGGCGGAGAGAUGCCCCAGCCACCCCGCGGCCACGUGGGGCAAAGAAGAGGACCGUCCUCCCAGUCGCCCCACAGAGGCCUGGGUCGAGGAGGAGGACAGAUGUCCCGGCUUCUCCAUGAGGACCUGGGUCAAGGAGGAGGACGAAGCCCCUGGCCACCCCAUAGGGGCCUGGGUGGAGGAGUGGGACGAACCUCCCAGCUUCUCCAUGGGGCCCUGGCUCAAGGAGGAGGAUGGACCCGCCAGCUGCUCCAUGGAGGCCUGCGAGGAGGCUGUGCAAACAGAUGUGAUCCCCGUGGCCAUUGAGGGCAUGAAGGACAUGAGCGCCUGCGACACCUCAGCAGCAACGCACAUGCUGGAGGAUAUGAUGGGAUACUGCGCUGCCAAGCCAGAGCAUCUGCAGCAGAUUGUGGCAUAUAUCUAUGAGAAAUUGCCAGGCAUCAGGGAGGCCACAGCCCAGGGCAUCCUCAAGAGCUUCCUUCUCCUCCUGACAUGCCACUACCCCAGCGAGGUGGUCACCGGCCUCCUGAACUGCUCCCCGACCUGUGACAGCGUUGCCGUGGCCAUGUGGGAGGUGACGGUCUCCCAGUCGUUGACAGCUGAGAAGGUGCUGCAGGAGCUGCUCUGUGUGCUGCAAGAGCGGCCCCUCUGCAAGCCGGGCACCACCAUCAAGGACCUCACCUGCAUGCUCCCCCUGACCGCGACCCGGGCGCUGAACAUCAUCCUUCGGCAGCACACUUGCAAGCAGGAGGUGAAGGCGCUCUUCCCCCGCCUCUACCUGGCCCUGCUCUUCCAGGUGUCCUUUACCCUCGUCCACGCGCCAGAGGACAUCCCCGCCUUCAGCCGUGAGGGCAAACUCAUGUCUCCCAGGCCUGUCAGGACAGCGGUACAAGCCAUGCAGGCGCUGCUGUGCUGCACUGGCUACGGGGAGCAGGUCACUGCCAUGCAGCAGCAGGGUGGCUGGGAGAUGAUCAGCCGGCCCGAGACCCACCUCACGGGGGUUGCCUUGCUGGCCAGGCAGAUGCGGGGGAACCCCCCGGAGGAGCGUGCCGAGAUCUUCCUGAACCUGAGCCUGGCCCUGAGGGGCAAGGACAAGUGCCAGGAGAUCCCCUCUAUGGCCUUCUUCAUCGAGCUGCUGCAGUGCCCCGACCUGUGUGCGGCAGCCGACGAGGCAGCGCUGAGCCUCUGCCAGGCGCGGCUGGACAACGAGCACCAGGUCAUGCGCUGGCUGGCGCUCCGCGGCUUCCUCGCGCUCUCUGAGAAACCUGCCACGGCAAGGAAGAUGCAGGAGUUCAUCCCAGACGUGGUGCAGCGGCUGCAGGACGCCGAUGGGGAGAUGGAUGCCAAGGCGCUGGCGGUGCUGCGCAACGUGCUGCGCCACGCCAACCCGCGGCAGGCCAGCCACAUGGCUGUGCAGCUGGCCCGCGACCUCCUGUCCCUCUUCCCCAGCGAGGUCGGCGUGGUGCGGGAAAUGGCCAUGCGACUCUUUGGGGAGCUGCUGGGCCGGGCGGUAGGUGGUGAGAGGCAGCAUAUGAAGCAGCUGGCGCGCCAGGGGCUGCUGCCCCUCUUCCUCCAUUUUGGGGACCCACACCCUGGUGCGGCACAGGUACAGGGCACGGUGGCGGGCCAUGCGGCCGCUCCGGCCGCCCAGGCAGCCCUCGUGGACGCUGCAAAGCUCCUCAGCUGGAAGCAGCUCCGGAAGCUGGCCGAGACGGCGCAGACGUGGCACAUUGGCGAGUGCCUGCUGCGGGAGGCCGGGCCGGUAGCCAGCGAGUAUGUGAGGCGCAGCUGCUGUUACCUGGAGCAUCCUCGGGCCCCCCUGCGCGAGCAGGCCGUGCGCUUCAUCGGUGAGACCCUCCCGGACGCCCGCGACCCUCUCCCCAGCCCCCAGGUUCUUCUCCGCAACCCCCACGUCACUGUCCCAAGUGCCCGUGUCCUUCUCCUCAAUGACCUCCUUCAGCGCUUGGAAAAAGACAGCAGCCCCACGGUCCGCUGCCUGGGCAUGCAGACCAUCUUCAUCCUCCGAGCACCCAGGAAAGCAUCCCCAUCAGGCUUCUCCUUCCAAGCCCUGCACGCCUGCCUGCGGAGAGCCCGGCAGCUGUGGCGCCCAGGCCCAGGCACCGGUGCGGCCUGA